CUGGAAAUUCUGACCUGAGUAACAAAAUAUUGUCUUUUUCUCGGAUGGACAUGGUCAUUGAAAAUAGCUUCUCUCAGUAUUUUGUAAAUACUGAAUCUAUGGAGUCUAAAAUAAUUAGAUGUUAGUGCGUAUUUAUUCGUGUUAUUGUCAGUCAGUAUUUGUCGAUUCUUCAAAAUCGAGAAUUUUGUAUACAUGGACGUUUGUGAUUCUGUGUAGUUGCUAUCCUUUAUUCAUGAAACUUUUUCAAUGUUGUCAGUGUAUGUAGAUGUUAAUUUUAUAAAUUUUGUCAAUAGCUAACAGUUUCGGUGGCCAAAAAAAUAUAAUCACUUUUUUGAUUUUUAAGUUUCAUUAAAAAUGGAAAAAAAAAUCUAUUUAUUUUUCGGCCAACAGUGUAAGUGUGCGAAGUUUUUCACAGAAACUGAUGAAAUUGAUCAAAAAACUAUUCAUCAAAAGAUAGAAGAUCUUUGUGUACGUGAUGUAAACUUGAAAAGAUUGAGACAAAAUAAAACAAUUGUAUUACAAUUAAAAGAUGAUGACAAGAACAUCUGGUGUGAUGUUGAAGAUGAUGAUACAUUUACUGAUAAAACAGAAAUAAAUGUUAUUUUUAUACCAUCGGAUCACCCGACAUCACCAGCUCCAUUUUUCAAUAGUAAAAAUGAAUGUGAAGAGAUGCGACGGUAUAUUAAAUUAGUGAACAAUGAGCAAAAGUUAAAUAAUGGACCAAAUCAACAGUUUUUAGAAGGAAAUCAUAACUUAUUGGUUCAAGGAGACAAUCAGAACGUUGUUUCUGUUAAUACGUAUCCAGAAGCAAGCUAUAGUGGAUUAGCUUCUAGACCUCUGUCUUUCAUAAACGUGAGAGAUACUUCUUUUUCUACAUUACCUCCUUUAACAUUCGAUUUGAAUGAAAAAAUUAAGAGAAAAGGAAUAUUAGCAUCCCAAAAAGAUCUUAUUUAUCAUUGGGGUUGCUAUUUGUGGGAGAAUACUGAAGGAAGACCAAAAAGGCAGGAUUAUCAAAACCUAGCUUCAACAAUUGUUAGAACGUAUCCAGUACUUGCUUCUACUGAUGGUGAUAGCGUUAUUAUCCGAAAAUCAUUAAGCACAUGGAUACGCAAUCACCGUGCAACUUUAAAAAACCAAGCUGCGAAAAGAGAUCACGAAGGGCGUAUAGUUAAUUCUAGCUCAGACACUGAUUUAGUCAGAAAAGACGAAGAUCAGUAUGACGUAGAACAAUCAUUAGAAGACUUUGUGAAAUAUUCUCAAUGUCUGGCAUUUUCUGAUAAUUACUGUCAAAAUCCUACAACUCAUUACCAUGAUAGCUGCGAAGACGUAAGAACAGCAUAUACUGGAUCAGUGGAUAAUGAACAUGAGUUUAGUGAUGAACAAAAUGAACAUUUCUUAGAAGAAAAACAUGAUAUACAGGUCCAAGAAGACCAUAAAAACAUUAUUUCUGUUGAUGUGCAUCCAGAACCAGAUUGUAGUGAAUUAUCCUCCAGAUCUCCAUCUUUUAUGAAUGUAAGGGAUACUUCUUUUUCAACCUUACCUCCUCUUACAUUCGAUUUACAUGAGAAAAUUAAAAAGAAAGGAGUAUUAGCAUCCCAAAAAGAUCUUAUUUAUCAUUGGGGUUGUUAUUUGUGGGAGAAUACUGAAGGUAGCCCAAAAAGGCAAGAUUAUCAGAGACUCGCUUCGACAAUUGUCAGAAUGUAUCCGGUUCUGGGCUCAAGUGAAGGCGAUAGUGUUAUUAUCAGAAAAUCAUUAAGUACAUGGAUACGCAAUCAUCGUGCAAUUUUAAAAAACCAAGCGAAAAAAAGUCACAAAAGACGAAUCGUAAAUUUCCCAUCAAACGUUAGAAAAGAAGAAGAUCAGUAUGAUAUAGAACAAGCAUUGAAAGAGUUGGCGGAAAAACAAAAGGAAGGAGACUCACCUCAUAUUCGCCAUAUUUUGAAAAUCACCCUGGCAAUCCGACGUACGUGGAUUAAAAAGAGUGCCAAGUCUAUUACUGAAAUCAUAAGAAAAUAUCCCCUACUGGCAAACAGUGAAUUGGUCAUCUUCGAAUUCUGUAAUUUAAAGCACCUUACUGAAGAAGUUUUAAGUAAUAAUAUUGACAAGAUGUUUGAUAAAUUGACUACAUUUUUUAACACUGGAAAAACUGAUGACAAAACUAAAGCCUGUUGUUUACAACUUUUGUACGACCGAGUGACAACGAUAAAGAAAACUAUUAAACCAUUAAUAACUAUUGAAGAAGUUUAUUCAUCUAGUAAAAAUCUUAUCGCAGUUGAAGGAGAAUCACCACGCAGUGUGAUAUAUACAAACGAAGAUGAUAUUGAAACUGCAUACAUUGUUGCUGACCCGGAAAUUAACAUGAAAAUAGAGAAACCGUCAAUAAAGAAAAUAAUUAUGGUCCUGUUGGCUGCAUAUUAUGUAUGGGACGUCACUUAUCCAAAACCUUACAGGAAUAUUUUAGAAUAUUUGGAUCAUGAAGUGAUUGGAACUCCAAUUGAUAGAAAAAAUGUUGUGCUAUUAAAAUUCAUACGCCAAAGAGAUUCCGAAGAACAAAAUAUAAAAAAUGUGGUAUAAAGAAUUAAAAAAAAAAGAAAUUUUUUUUUUAUUGAUUAUUUAUAUUAUCAUAUCCUAUGAUUAUACAUUAUAACUACAUAGAAUAUUACAUAUUAAUAAUGUUUUGAUGUAAAACAUUUUAAUAUAUUAAACAAUAAAGUAUUUACUAAUAAAACUAUUAUUUGAUUUCGA